CAAUUUUUUUGAAAUAUUUUAAUUUGAAAACUCUGUUAGUCAUAACUUAAUAACUCAUUAUUUAAUAAUGUACUGAAUAUUUGCCUCUUGAUAGGGAUCACAUGUUUUGAGAUCUGAUUUAUUUUGGAAAUUAAUCAUCGCCUGUGAUGUACCAAGAACAUCAGAAUAAAAGUUUAUCAGAGUUAAAGGAACAAAAUGAACCAAGAUCAUUCUACUGCAAAAUGUUUAGUUUACAAAGAUGACAUGAGAUCUGCCUCAGACUUGGAUGAACCGGAUAAGCUCCCCAGAGAUUUGAGCAUCUCCUAUUGGGAUUUAUUAGCAUUAAAUUUAGCUAUCGGAAGUCAUGUUAUCGAUGUCUGCAUAGAUUUUAAUGUUGCUUAUCAGUAUUACAAAUAUGAAAAAAUUAAAUAUUUUGUAUUGACAAUAAUUUUCAUGACAGUUCCUUCCAUCAUAAAUACGUAUAUGAGUUUGAAAAUUUAUUCUGUUCAAGAAGACAUACAAAGAGUUACUAUAAAAUUGCUUAAAUGUCGACCAUUAUUGCCAUUCUUGUUGAUAUUUCAAAUGGCACCAGUUCUGAGGUAUUAUGAUGUAUUAAAAUAUGCACUAAAAUCACGCGAAGCUGCUUUUAAAAAAAAUUAUGAUGAUCAAAAGAAGUACUAUUCAUUAAUGGCUAAAGAAGAUUCAUAUGUGUCAUUGUUGCGAAUCUUUGAAUGCUUCUUAGAAGCUGUUCCUCAAGAAAUAUUACAAAUAUGUAUUGUUUUAGUUGAGAAAAAACAGGGUUCUACUUUUCAAAUUGUUCAUCAAUCUGCAUCUAUUGCAAGUUCAACCAUUGGCAUUGCAUGGGCAAUGGCUUCAUAUCACAAAAAUGUAAGAAUUGCUUAUGAAAACAAGAAAAACAUAGGCAAUACAGGAACAGUAUUACAAUUUCUAUGGCACAUCAUGAUAACAAUAUCCAGAAUAUUAUCUAUAAGUUUGGCUGCUACUGUCAGGCCAUGGAUAACUGGUAUAUUUUGUUUGGUCCACUGGCUCUUUAUGACUUUUUGGAUUUUCAAGUAUCAAAAUGUAACAUUUUGUAUACCAUCAAGCUAUUCCGAAGAAAAUAGAAUUAUGAGAUUUUUUUUUUCGACUAUUCUUGGUCUAGUAUAUAUAUUCACUUAUUUAUCCCCCAGUGAAGGUCAAGGGAAUUCCAAAAACCGUUACCUAAGUUACUACAGUUUGUUUUUCGUGGAAAAUAUUUCUGCAGUUGCUAUUUGGGCUACCAUGGGUACUGAUCAAAAUCAGUGGUAUUAUUAUCCUUUGGUGAUAGGAUCAAUUAUACCUUUUUUUAUUGGAAUUAUGUUUUUAAUAAUAUAUUACAAAUUCUUUCAUCCCCACAUCACACAUAAAGAAGAUACUGCAGAAUCAUAUAGAACAACCAAUAAUAUUAACACAUAUAUUGAAGACAUAGUAGAAUAAUAUAUUUGUUGAAAAUUAUUUAUUUAUU